CUGUUUUUUGUGUAUUGAAUUUAUUUUAACAAUUCGUUAAACAUGUCGCUUGUUGCUUAUGCCGCCAGUUCUGACGAGGAUUCGGAAAUUGAAGAAGAAAACCCGGGGUCCCAAGCCGAACUGGUUAAAGAAGCAUUGGCCAAUCCGAACGAAUAUAGCGCAACAGACGCUUCCAAAGAAGAGUCCAGAGAACAAAAAUUAUCCAGUGGUCACAUUAGCGAUGAGGACGACGAUUACGUUCCCCAAGAAGUGUCAUUGCAAGACUUGAAGCCUCCCACCGAAAGAGUUCUAUUGACCUUACCCAAACCAAAAGUCACUGCUUCUGCUAACAACCCAGAAGAUGAUGAUGUGGACGAGCUAGUCGCCCCCGUCUUUGCCAAACUUCCAAUGCCACGAAUAGCAGCAUUAGGAAAAGUCAUUAUAGAGGAAAAGGACGAUGAGUUUCUGCAUAAAAAGGUGCUACCAAUUGAAAUAGAGAAACCUCCACCACCGCCAGUAAAGGGACGCGUAAAGAUCAGUAUUCCAUCGCUUCGUGAUUUCUCUGAUGUGGACCGGGAAAAAGCUGAUAAGGCUAAACACAAAAUAGACAAACCAAAUGUUCCCAAGGGAUCGGGUCUGCUUGGUCUGCUGCCCCAGGCAAAAUCAGAGCGUAACUUUUCCAAAAAUUCUUCAUCUGUGUCAGCAACUGCUUCAGCAAACAUCACUGCUACUGCUACCUCAACGAAUACUCGUAUAGAUGCUCGAUCAACUCCAGCUUUUGUGCCCGAUACAGUAAAGCAACGUCGAGCAGCCCACAAUACCGAAGGUGUUGAUGGCACUAAGGCGACUAAAAAGAAAAAUAAUGAAGGGGAUGCUCUGAAACCGACAAAAUCCAAGCAUACAACUAAACCUACUGCCUUGGUGAAUGCCAGCGAUAGUGACGAUGAUGAUGAGGAUGGAUCUGGAGACUUUUUCUCUCUGAACUCCGAACAAAAACUGCCUGAAGUGAGCAGCAAUGAGAUCAGCGCUCUAGUAGCCAAACGAGCGGCCAAAAUGGUGGAGGCCAGUAGUAAAUACCUCGAGGAGAUUGCCGAAAAGGAAGCAGCCGAAGCAGAGACCGCCCGACUUGAGGAGGAGCAAACACUGUUAGCACAAAAGCGAUACCACGAGCAGCAGCUAAACUCAGAAGCCAUGGAUGCACUGGUGGGCAAGAAUGCUAAGCGCCGUCGGAAGGAGGCCAAGGAGAUGCAGGUUAUCGACAUAUCUGGGUCGCAGGUAUUGCCCGAUCGUGAGGAAUGGAUGCGAACAGCGCUGGCCUCGUCCACCACCUUCCAGCCUACCGGCGUUCUAACGGACGAGGAGCCAGUGGCAGGGACGCGGCGAAAGCACCAGAUCACCUACCUGGCGCACAAGGCAAAGGCCAACGAAGCCGAGCUGCAGGCUAUGUGGUCAGCCAACCGGCAGACCCGUCGGGCCACCCAAAGCAAAUACGGCUUUUAAGUUUCCACUUUAUGUACACCUAAUCCUACAAUAUAUUCUUAAAUCUACUGAAUCCAA